ACUUCGAUCGUAAACACAACAGUGAUGAUGACUCUUUUGUUCCAAAACAAUAACCAUACGAACAGUGAAACGAGAGAACAACGUGUUGAAGCUUUUACCCGAACUUUGAACAACGCUUUCCAACAGUUUCAAAAACUAUGGAAUGAUUACAAAGAAUUGUUGGAUAAAAGUGAGAAAGCCGAAGAGAGCUCAUCAAAUUCACAUAUACCUCAAAAUGAGCCCCAAGUUGGGAACUCUAAAUGCAGUUGCCAUGCAGCAGCCACAAAGGACACCAAUGUUCCAAAAAAGAAAACUUUCGCUGUACCAACAGAGAAAAAAACUCACUGUGAUCCUUUAUCUGUCGCUAUAAAUGAAGAACAAAAAUCAAAUCCUAUACCAGACUACGUGCAACCUUUCCAAAUAUUUUCACAAGAUUUUUGUACUCAAGGCUUAGAGGAAAGUUUUAUAAAUCGUACUACAUCCCCUGUGCUCAAAAAUAUUGAAAAUGUCACCCCUAAACGAUCAAAGAGCCCCAUUUUCGGUUUGAAAAAAACAAAAUCUCGAAUAUCAUCCCCUGUAGUUAGUUCUCCAAGUGAGAGCGAAAAAUCUGUGAUCGUAUUGAAUGAUAUCAGCAAUGACAUAAGUUUAAAACGUAACAAUUUGUGCUCUCCAAAGACUCCUUCGCAUUCCGGCACAAAAGCCAAUGCAACAAAUGCUAUCUCUUCAAAUCUUGAAGAGUUAUCGUCAGCCUCACAGUUAUGUACACCGAAAACAAUUAAGAAAUUGGGAAUCCAUACAAUCCAGAAUGUAAAUACUGAUAUAAUACCUGGCACAAAGAAAAAAUUGAAGCAAAGCAAGCUCUUCACCAAUAUUGAGCAAGUCACAGACUUAAGUAUCUGCGAUGACGUCUUUGAUGCUAAAAUAAAUGAAGUUGAAACGAAUAAAACAUGUGAUAAUGUAACAAGUACAAAUUACUUAGAGCCGAAUAGUAGUUCCUGUGAAGAUAGUCUGAUACAAGUGAGCCCAACGCAAACAAGAAGCUUUUCAAAACUACGACAAAAAAUUUAUGAAAAAAAUAACACUGCUGGAUCACUGCAUCAAAGAUUAUGUACAAAAAAAGUGAAAGUAAAAAAUACAAAACACCUGGAAAUGUCUGAAGAUGUAAACGUACAUAAUGAUGGUGAACAGACAGAUACGGAUUUGACGGUAUUCGAACCGAAAUCAGCUUCAACUCAAUAUAUUUCUUCAGCAUUUCAGUCUAAACUGUCAGAGAAUGAAAAAUUACCGAUUAUAAGCAAAUUUGGUUUAGAAACAAGACCUGAUGUUCAGGAGAAGAUUCAAUCCGUUACAUACGAACAUGAAACUAACGACGAAACUAUGUUCGAAGAAACUCCAGUUCCAUCACUAAAGAGUACUGUCUUUUGUAAAGGUGCCGACAACAUGAAGUUAUCUUUAAACAAAAGGACUUCGUCUUUUGUGCCUCCAAAGAUACUACCCAGCAAAGCAAAGAAUGCAACAGCAAGUGACAAAGAAAUGUGUGAACUGGAACUCGAUAUAUUGACAGACAAUUCCAAUACCUUAACGGAAAAAUCACCACCACGGAAGAAAUUGGCUGCAAAUAAUUUUGAUGUAGUACCAAGGAAACUGAAAUCGAGUCCCACAUACGCUUACAAAAGAAGUCCUGUACGCAAAAAGGCUGAAAGAGCGCGUCUAAAUGGGUGGGAUUGUCUACAAUGUCAAGAGUAUUAUAAAGCCACUGGACUUACUGGUAAAGAACUACAGAUGCGUAAAAAUCAAUGUUCUCGUCACAGAUCUACACACAAUGAGAAAACCUCUACUCAAAAAGCGUUUCAGGAAAACCCAGAUUACUGGAAUCCAGACUUUACAAGUUCAUACCACUCAACAAUAUGGAGCGACAAUUGAACAUGCUGUGCGGUGAAAAUUCGACUCACUUAUUGUCACAGGAUAUAUUUUUUGAAUAUCAUUUUCUUUCUCAAGUAAUAAACUCUUGCAUUAUAUUGCAUAAUGGUUGAACUGUCCUGAACAACGACAUUAUACUGUAAGGUUCACUCAUAGUUGCACAAUCAUCUUCUCAGGGAAAUAAAUAACAAGUAACAAACUUUUGAACAUAGAUUGAUUUAUUCAUUUACAACAUAUAUUAUUAUAUUCUCGAAUAACAUAGCAUAGAUUUAUAUAACUAUAUUAUUUAUAUAGAUACAUCAUUUAUCAUUUUACACAAAAAUAUAGAAUCUGUAGGUUGUCGCUAAAAGAGGCUAAUCAAACGCAACUUGUAGUUAAGCAAAGUUUGCGAUUUGGUUUAAGGUACAUCAUUGAUAUUGAUCUGGACUUCUUUACUGGUUUAACCUUUGUUGAAAGCUUUGUUACGAUUUUAACACCAAAUAAUACGGUUUUGAUUUAAUUCAAAUUUAACACAAAGGUGACUUACAUUCAGGUAACUGAGCAUUGAAAUUAAAUAAUUGAGCGUUUUAAAUGUUCGUAAUAAUGUCAGUGAAUCGGUAAAAACACCGAUAACAGCUGUUAGAAGGGCGGUGAAGAGAAAAUAUCGGAGUUUCAACAUUUUUGUUUGUUCUUUUUUUGUCUUAACAUAACUCAUUUUUUAAAUUGGUCCAAACUUAAAACUGCUAUUACAUUAUCGAGCUGUAAAACUAACGAAAACUUGCCCAAGGCAAUUGUUUUUCUAUUUUACUGUGGAAAGAUAUUUAGGUAAGUACUAUUAUGAUAUUUAAUUUGAUAUAACGUACAUCAUAAUUGUUAUAGCUACUUAAUAAUUUAUCAACACAUAAAUAUAUAUAUAUUUAAAAAUUAAACAUGUAUAUAAAUAAGUAUACAUAUAUUUAUGUAUGCAGGUUUAUAUAUAUAUUUAUUCAUAUAUAUUAUAUAUAAAUAUAUAUAUCUUAUCCUCGUCAUCGUCAUAUGAAUUAACAACCAGUUAGAAAUAAUUUCAAUUAGUGGGAUUGGUGA